CCAAGUUUAAAAAUGUCAUUUAGAGAUAGUUGUGCUUUGAUAACGUGCCGAUUUUUCAGUCGUUUACGAAGUAAAAAUAAAUUAUUGUGCUUUAAUAUCAGCGGGUUUCAUAUGGAAAGUAAACAUGAAGCAAAGUCAGCUAUGGAACUCGUCAACAUACCCCCUAUUAUUACCACAUACCGGCAAGCUUUACGAACUUUCGAUGACAAAUUCAAAAAUGAUUUUGCGACCAACUUGAACAAAUUAAAAUUUCUAGUGGAUAAAUUAAAAGCAGACCACCUUGGCUUCGAUCACAGUUACAACGAUCCUGCUACCUGGAACAGACCAAGCAAAGCCCCAUGUACAUACGUUGAAGUGUUUCAAAACAGUACGGUAAACAUGAGUAUUUUUAUUCUAAAACCGGGAUUUAAAAUGCCUUUGCAUGAUCAUCCACACAUGCAUGGGCUAUUAAAAGUCAUAUCUGGUGCGGUAAGAGUUAAAAGUUUUACAGAAUAUCCUCUUAAAGAAGCAAUAAGUAAAGUAGAUUUUAAGGCUCGCGCAAAACACGAAGCAGCGCGACUUGCCCAAGGCAUACACAAACGUAGAAGAUUAUUUGCAGAGAUUUCUCAAGACCGUAUUUGUAAGGAAGAUUCUGAAUCAUGCAUUCUGACACCAACAGUAUCUAAUUACCAUGAAAUUGAGGCUCUGAACACACCAGCAGCAUUUUUCGAUAUUUUAGCACCACCUUAUGACACAUUUGUGGAAGGGAUUGGUCCAAGAAGAUGUAGAUAUUAUUAUGUUGUUAAUGAGAUAAGUUCAAAUGUUGUAGAGUUACAAGAAACAAGUGUUCCUGAGUGUUUUUAUUGUGAUCAAGCCCCAUAUUUAGGACCUACUCUUGCAUAGUUGAAUUAAGUAAUAUGAAUUUCAUGUGUUACUAACAUGUGCAAAUUAAGUGGUUCUAGUAGGUAAUGGUAUAAGGCCGUUUACAUAAUGAGAUCUAAUUUCAAAGUUACCAAAACAUUAACAUCCUUUAAAACUAGUUCAAAUAAUUUUGUGCCUUUUAUUUAAUUGCACCAACAAUUAUCUUGUCAGUAGCAAGGUUUUGUCUAGUGUAAAUAUAAUAUUAAGGUUACCUCUAUAUAAGAUGGCUAUUCUAGGGCUAUUUUUUAAUGUAAAGGGAAAAAGGAAAAUUGCAUAUUACAGGGUUGAUUUACUUUUAGAUUUUGCAAAUCUUCCAAAGAUUCUUUAUGUCCUUGAGAUAGUCAAUUCUUAUACCCAUGGUUGUAUAUUUUUAGUUAUAUUUUAAAAUGUGAUUGUAUUCACAAACCUUGUAAAAUGUGUACAUAUUCUAAAAUGAAGUAUAAUAAUUUUAAAUUGACAAAAAAUAUCAUUUGUUGUUUUUCUCAAUUCUUGAGAUAAUUAUAAGAUAGGUAUAUAAAUAGGAUUACAUAACAUUCCUUAAUUGGUAUAUUUUUAAAUUUAAUCACAAAAGAACCAGUCAUUCUAUCUGAUCUCUUGUAAAAUUAUGUAUUUAUUUGUAUUGAUAAAGUAUAUAAUGCUGAUGAUUUAAGAAAUAGUUAUAAGAUAUCACUAUUCCCUUCUUGAUGUGUUCUUGUUAAAUA